AUGAAAAAGAUUGAAGAUGUGCAAUCAGAUACACCUUCUGAAACAUCAAGUAAGACAGCAAGUAAUAUAACGAAGCCUGAAACAUCAGGAAAGAUAACUAAAAAGAAGAAAAAGAAUAGGAAUCAGAAAAAACGACAAUUAAGAAAAUUAAAGAAACAAUUAAUUGAAAAUCAUAAUAUAGAUUCGUCUGGUGAUGAAUAUUAUUCAACUCAUGAAUGGUUUGAAGAAGAAAAAGCUCUCUAUAAUGAAGGUUACGAUGAUGGUUAUCAAGCUGGAUUAGAUGCAGGAUUAUAUGAAAGACGUGAUAUAGUCUAUUAUAAUGACGAAUUAUUGACUCAUGAUUAUGAUUCCUUACCUUCAAAUGUUAAAAAAUUUUGGAGUCGAAGGUAUGAUUUAUUUUCAAGAUUUGAUGAUGGAAUAUGUUUAAAUGAAGUUUUAUGGUAUUCUGUAACACCAGAAGUUACUGCAGAAAAUAUAGCUGAUUAUUUAUAUAAAUUAAAUCCAGAUGCAAAAAAUAUUUUGGAUUUAUGUUGUGGCGGUGGUGGGAACACAAUUCAAUUUGCCUUGAAAUUUGAAAAUGUAAUGGCAAUAGAUAUAAAUUCCACUCAUUUACAUUGCACACGUCAUAAUUGUGAAGUAUAUGAAGUUGGUGAUAAAUUAUUGACAUUACAGGGUGAUUGGAAUCAAUUAGCGAAAAAUUUUAAGUGGGUUCCAUUUGAAUAUGAAACAAAACCUUUUGAUUUUAUAUUUUGUUCCCCACCGUGGGGUGGUACUGAUUAUGAUCGAUCAUCAUUUGAUGUAUAUGAUAUGGAACCUUUUUCAUUACCUGAUUUAUUACAUCAAUGUUAUAAAUUUUCAAAUAAUAUAGCAUUAUAUUUACCAAAAUCUUCAAAUAUAGGUCAAUUAAAUAGUGCUUCAGAAGAAGUAUUUGGAGAUGCAGAUACUUAUAGAAUUGAAAAUAUUUAUGAUAAAACUGGAAAGAGAAUUUUGGCAAUCAUGGUUGUUUGGGCAAAUUUAGUAUAG